UCUCUCUCCAAGAGAGGGCACUAAUGCUUAUUGUUUAUAAAAAAAAAAAAAAAAAAAGAGGAAGAAGUCCAUGGGAAGUAAUAGAUCCAUGGAAGUAAUCUAUACGUAAAGGUUAUAAUUAGAUUAUAAUUUGAUUGUUUGAAUCUAUUCUAAAACAAGAGUUAAACUCUCCCGUUAAGUGAAGUGAGUGUGUUUUACUAAUGUACUUGGGUUGUAGAAACUAAAACUUAAUGCUUUUGUUGCAUUUUAUUGUGAAAAGAAAAACCCGGAUAUACUCUAGUCUUACUUGUUGUCAAACACUGGUCGAAAGAAGGAAGCUGGAAUUUGACAGGUUACUGUUACUGUACAGUUCUAAUAAUACUGUCUCUUUGAAGCCCUGUGUGGAGAUGAGUGUCCCUGACUACAUGCAGUGUGCUGAGGACCACCAGACUGUCCUUGUGGUGGUCCAGCCAGUGGGUAUUGUACCUGAAGACCAGUUUUUCAAGAUCUACAAACGCAUUGCCAGUGUCAGCCAGGUGAACAUCCGAGACUCUAAUCGUCUCCUCUACAUCCGCUAUCGCCACCACUACCUGCCCGAAAACAAUGAGUGGGGCGACUUCCAGACCCAUCGUAAGGUGGUGGGGCUCAUUUCUAUCACCACCUGCAAUUCAGCUAAAGAGUGGCCCCAAACAGCAGAGCGCUUUCACGGGCAGAAGGAGGUAUACAGCUCCACCCUCUAUGACUCUCGUCUGCUCGUGUUUGGGCUCCAGGGGGAAAUCGCAGAGCAGCAGCGCACAGAUGUGGCCUUUUACCCAGGCUUUGACAACUCCUCAGAUGUGGAGAAAAGAGUGGAGGACUUUGUGGAGUCUAUAUUUAUAGUUUUAGAGUCCAAACGGUUGGACAGGGCCACAGACAAAUCUGGAGACAAGAUCCCUCUCCUCUGUGUGCCCUUUGAGAAGAAAGACUUUGUGGGAUUGGACACUGACAGCAGGCACUACAAGAAGCGGUGCCAGGGCCGGAUGAGGAAGCAUGUCGGGGACUUGUGCCUGCAGGCGGGCAUGCUGCAGGACGCGCUGGUCCACUAUCACAUGGCUGUGGAGCUCCUCAGGGGAGUCAAUGACUUCCUCUGGCUCGGUGCUGCGUUGGAAGGAUUGUGUUCAGCUUCUGUCAUUUUCCACUACCCUGGAGGCACUGCGGGGAAGGCAGCAGGACGCAAGCCAAGCAUAUCCCAGGCAGCAGACACAGGGAAGCGCCAUCGACCAGGGGCUCAAGAGGUUCUCAUUGACCCAGGUGCCCUUACAGCCAACGGUAUCAGCGCAGACACCAGCACUGAGAUUGGACGGGCAAAGAACUGCCUGAGCCCAGAGGACAUUAUUGAGAAGUACAAAGAAGCCAUCUCCUACUAUGGCAAGUACAAGAACGCAGGUGUGAUCGAGCUAGAGGCCUGUGUGAAAGCUGUGCGGGUGCUGGCCAUUCAGAAGAGAGCCAGAGAGGCCUCAGAGUUCCUACAGAAUGCUGUCUACAUCAACCUGGGACAGCUCUCCGAGGAGGAGAAAAUCCAGCGCUACAGCAUCCUGUCAGAGCUUUAUGAGCUGAUUGGGUUCCAUCGUAAAUCUGCCUUUUUCAAACGUGUGGCGGCCAUGCAGUGUGUGGCUCCUACCAUCCCAGAGCCUGGCUGGAAGGCUUGUUACAAGCUGCUGCUGGAGACUCUCCCUGGGUACAGUCUUUCUUUGGACCCCAAGGACUUCAAAGGUACUCACCGUGGAUGGGCUGCUGUACAGAUGCGUCUUCUACAUGAAUUGGUGUAUGCCUCUCGUCGCAUGGGCAACCCGGCCCUAUCUGUGCGCCACCUGUCCUUCCUGUUGCAGACCAUGCUCGAUUUCCUCUCCGAUCAAGAGAAGAAAGAAGUGACCCAGAGUCUUGAGAACUACACGUCCAAGUGCCCUGGUGGAAUGGAGGUCAUUACUCUCCCUGACGGCCUGAAGCUUCCUCCAGUGCCCUUUACAAAGCUCCCAAUUGUCAGAUCAGUUAAGCUUCUUAACCUCCCAGUCAGUCUGCGUCCUCACAAAGUAAAAGGGCUGCUGGGACAGAACAUGUCCAGUGCCAGCCCCUUCAUCUACUCCCCCAUUCUCCUCCACAACCGAAAUGACGAGCGCUGCAAGAAGAUAGAUUUCCAGUGGGUUCAAGGUGAUGUCUGUGAGGUGCAGCUUAUGGUCUACAACCCUAUGCCUUAUGAACUCCGUGUAGAAAACAUGGGUUUGUUGACCUCUGGAGUGGAGUUUGAGUCCCUUCCGGCUGCUCUCUCCCUCCCUGCGGAGUCUGGCUUGUAUCCAGUCACUUUGGUUGGUGUCCCUCGAACUGCUGGCAACAUCACUGUCAAUGGCUACCACACAUCAGUGUUUGGUGUAACUAGUGACUGCCUGCUGGAGGGCCUGCCCAAUGUCAAGAGCAGUGGAUGUUUGGUGGAGGUCAUUCCCUCUCUUCCUCGUCUGCAGCUCAGCACGUCACUCCCACGGUCGACUCAUGCUGCUCAGCCCAUGUCCAAAGAGGAACUAUCUAGUUCUGUGUCCGUGCAGCUUUUCAAUGGAGAGACCCAGCAACUGACCAUCACGCUUGAAAAUAUUGGAACCGAUGAAAUCGAAAGCCUGGAGCUAACUUCCAAAACUGUCACCACCAAAGAGAAAGUAUAUGGGGAGUUCCUGAGCUGGGAGAUGGAAGAAGCGCUCUCUCACCUGCCUCUGAAGCCGGGACAAUCUGUGACACUCGCAGUCAGCAUCAAGGUCAAGCUAGACUUCUCAGGUCAGGAGAACCUACUGCAGGACCUCAAUGAUGAUGGAAUCAGUGUGACAGGCCUGCCAAUCUCCAGCCCUCUUCGCCAAGUGCUCAAACCUCGUCCCGAAAACAAAUCGGUCAGCAGUGAGUCGGGCAAAGCGGAGUUCAACCACAUAAAGACAUUGGAAGCAGUGUUAACCUUCAAGUAUUCAGGAGGAGCAGGCAAAGUAGAGGGAUACUACCGUGAGCUGUCCCUGGGGGUCCAUGUUGACGUGGAGCCUUCUGUGUUCUUCACACGAGUCAGUACGCUCCCAGCAACCAGCACGCGCCAGUGUCACCUGCUGCUGGACAUCUUUAACCCCACAGAACACGAGCUGACUGUGAGCGCCAACAACAACCAGGAGCUGGUACUGCAUGCCAGCCAGUGUCAGAGGAUGGCCAUCCAAGUGGACAAGUUUGACUUUGAGAGUGUUCCCCAGCCGGAGCAGGAGCCAACACACUUCACUAACCUCAGACACAUGGAGGAGGAGCGCCAGCACGCUCGCGGGUGCCAGAUCAACAGCAAGCUGGGCAUCUGCUGGACCAUCCCUUCUCUGCAGCGGCGAGGAGAGGCCAGUGUGGAGGGGGUUCUCAACCAGCUGGUCCUGGAGCACCUGCAGCUGGCGCCUCUUCAGUGGGACGUGCUGGUGAACGGCGCCCCCUGUGACUGUGACGUGGUAGCGCAGUGUAAAGUGGGGGAUGCUGUGACUCUGGAGGUGAAGCUGACCAACAGGAGUAAGAGCGCAGUGGGACCCCUGGCUCUCACCGUGAUGCCCUACCAGGACUUCCAGAACGGGGUCCAGAACUACGACCUGGAGGACGCUGUUACCUUCAUCGGCUCCAACACCUUCAACAUAGGCUCGGUUCAACCCAAGGAGAGCCAGGAGUGUGUAGGUGCUUUGCUCUUCCUCUACACUGGAGAUUUCUACCUCAACAUUAAGUUCCAGGACGACAGCGCUGGGAGACAGUUGCCCCUCGCCUGGUUCACUCUGCCCAGCGUGCAUAUCCGAGCACUGGACACUCCACUAGAAGCCGGGGCCUAAGAAUCACGGAGCUGUGGUGUCUAGAAAUGUACUGCCCUCUUAAUAUUGAGCAAAAUACAUGGAUAUUCUUAUUAUUGUUUCAAAAUGUGGAUCUUUGUGCCGAGAAAUAAUGAUAAAUGCAUUGUAAACGCAUCGCUGAUUUUAGAUAAUAAUUACAACAAAAAUAUGUGCACCUCAUUUCUUGGCACUGAAUUCUUAUUUAAAAAAAAUUGUAUUAUCAAAGUAAUUUCAAAACUAGACUCAACAAAGCAAAAAAUAAAUAAAUAAAUAAAAUAACCCAAUCAAUUUUGUUUUGUUUUUUUCCAACUAAACCACUGUUUGCAUGUUAAUUGGGUUUUGAGGUCAGAAUUCAGUCUUACAUGCCGACAUCUCCAUAGAUUUGAUUUUUGAGACUGAUAUUGCAUAUAUGUGUUAAAAUCAAUGGAAUGGUGUUCUGUAGCUACACUGGUCGCUGUCUAAUCACGGAAAGUAAAAGUGAUUUUUUUAUCGGAAGAAAUGCAGUUAGUUAAUUCACCUUUCUUUUCAAUAUUUUCAUGUCCAGUGGUUCUUUAUCGAUUUUUAUAGUUCUCAACUGUUAAACAUUAAAGCUAUUAUGAACCUCCCCAUGGUCAACUUUUUGAGGGCCCAGGAUUCCAGCUUAUGAGAACUAUACUGUGACAAUAUUGAAAAAAAUAACGUUGGAAUUUUCUCCCUCUGAGGCUGCUAUAAUGAAAAUUUAACUGAAGCUAAAUAAUAACUAUAGAGCUCAGUGACUGUUGAAUGAAAUCUUGUUUAAGGGGCCCAUAUUACACUUUUUCUGAUCUUAUUAUUAUAAUGUUGUUUCCUCAUUACAGACAUAUCCAGAAUUUUGUUUUGUUUCAUUCACACAUUUUUAACACACAAAUCCUGCAUAUUGAGGCUGAGUUCUUCUCUCAAACAAAAAAAAAACAAACACUUUAUUCUACCUUGUGAUGUCAUGUGGUAAUAUACAGGAAGUGCUCCAUUGUGUUUUUACACUCCAUACACCUUCGCUGAAAUCAUAUGGAUAAUUUCAGUUCUGAAAUUGCCAAUCUCCUGCUGAACUAAAGGUAAAAGGUAGCUGUUAACUUGAAAUCUACUGCUUCAUGACAUCACAAGGUGGAACACAGCAUUUUGAGCUUGGGAGAUGUAGAGAGACUAAUAAUAAAGGAUUACCCAAACAUGCGUGAAUGAAACAAAACUCAACUUUAGGUAUGUUUUUCAUGAAGGAACAUUAUUAUAACAUGACUUUGACUGCACAAGAAUUAAAACCUUUCAUUUUAUGUUUUCUUUUUUUUUAUGUUUUGUGAUAGUAAAAGAUGGAAACACUCUGUUAAAUUAAUUUGGAUGCUCAUAUGUUCUAAUUCAGACUAAAGCAACUGGUCUAAAUGAAAUAUUACUUUUCCCAUUUUAAGUCCAGUUGCAAUAUCUCCAUUUUAAAUAAUAGAUUUUAUAACAUGUCAGCAUUUCUUUAGCAGCUGCACUGAUCAUGUGAAUCUUGUACAUGUUAAACUGCUGUAUGGACGUUCUGCUGUUACCACAUUUGUAACUACUGUUUUUGCUGUAAAUAAAUUGCUUAAUGAAUUGUACUUCAAA